CAAAGUGCAGCUGUGAGUUUUAGUUCAGAACUGAAACAUAUACACACCGAUAUACACAAAAACAAAGCUCCAAAAAACAAACAAAAAAGACAGUCACACGAACAAAUAUUAAACAAAUGACGCUCGCGUAGUCCUUAAGCCCAUUAAAAAUAAAAAUAAAAAAAAUAUUGCUUCACAUGAGACUUGUUAAAAAACGUAAACACCAAGAUGAGUUUGACAGAGAUGAUGCGGGGCAAGGCGAUGCCGGUGGAGAAGAAGAAUGACAUCAAAAUGGCCCAACAUGACUUUCAAGACUUCUCCAACAGAUUUUGCAACUGUGCGCGUGACUCAGAUCGGUUGUGUCAUGGGUGUCCUGGCCGAGGCGAUCGAGAGGGUUAAGAUCUCUCUUAUCCUGCCUAAAUUGCUGGAACACUCCUCACACGUGGCCCAGGUCCUGAACGGCACUGAAUUCGAGCCUGCAGUCCGUCUCAUACAAUCCUUUGUGCGACGCCGUCAUUUUAUCCUGCGGGAGAAGCGACCACCCCUGAUGGAUCAUGGCAUUAUCCAGAUCAUCGACUUCUUUCAGCGCAACUGCCGGAUGUAUCACCUCUUCCCGCGCUACUAUAACCACAUGAACGAGAACGAAAAGAAGUUGCUGAAGGCCUUCGAGUUGCUCUACGACUUGGCCAAGGAUCGUUUGUACCAGACAUCAACCGACGCGAUCCACCAGGAGCGCCAGUUGCAUGCCAUGUACAAGGAGAACCAGGUGGUCACGGAGCAAGUGGAGGCCAUUCGUCGCAAGAUCCAGGAGCAGAAGGUGGCACUUCGAUGGCGCGUUGCCGCCCAGGAGGCCUAUCUGAAGAACUAUGAGGAUAUGAUGCUGAAGAAAAAGCGUGAGAAGAACGAGAGAAUUCAGAAGGAAGUUGAUCGCUGUACUCGAAUGGUUCGGAACAGCAAGAAGGCCAGUCUCGAACGUCAGGCCGAACUCGAGGGGGAGAUCGAAAACACUCGCAAGAACUACGAAAUCUCAACCAAGGCCUAUCAGAAGCUAGAAAAAAAUCUACGCGAAGAAAAGAACAAGCUGAUCCUGCAGCUGCAGGCUCUUAUCAAAAAAUACGACCACACCAUUGGCGAAAAGAUGAUUGAGAACAUUGAGCUGAUGGAGGAGUCUAAGGCAGCCAAAAAGGAGCUGGAUGAGUUCAUGGUUGGAUUCCGGAAGGUGGAGAGGGUCUACAAGGAGAUUGUGGUUAAGCGAGAGGAGGAGGAGGCCAAGAGGCGCCAGAACCGCAUCGUGCUCUUCACAAUGAACCGCGCCGCCUCCAAGAUCCAGAAAUACUGGAGAAAGUGGAAGAAACAUAUAAACAAGAAAAACAAACGUCUCAGGAAGCGGUAGAGAGUCUUGCCUAGAGUAAUAGACAAAUAAAAUUCUCAGUAUAGAAGGUGUACUCUGUAUAACAUUAAAGCCUUAAACUGCCUUAAA